CAGAAAUCUGAGAGACGUACUGAAGCAUCAUGGGUCACAAUGAGCUCCGUCUUUUGCUGUUUCUGAGCGCCGUCGCCUUGUCAAACGCGCAGGAUGAAGGACCGUCAUGCUUGAUGGCCAAAAGAUACAAAGCCUUCAACAAGUAUGACUACUUCUAUCAGACCGAGUCCUUGAAUGCUUUGAAUGAGGCGGUCAAUGGCCCAGAGGCCAGCUGUAAGGUUGAGAUUGCAGUUCCUGGUACCUGCAGUUAUAUCUUGCGCACCACCGAAUGCAAGCUGAGAGAAACGACUGGCGUCACUGCAGACGGAAACCCAGUGUUUGGAGCUUCUGCUGCCACCGAGGACUUCAGAACCGCCAUGGAGAAACAUCCUCUGAAGUUCACCGUUGAGGGAGAUGAUCAAAUCAAGCUUUUCCCUGAGGAGGGGGAGCUAAUAAACAUCCUCAAUAUAAAGAGGGGAAUCAUCUCGGCUCUUGUUGUCCCUGUGCUCGAGGAGGACGGGAACAAAGAGAUGGUCUGUUGA